CUCUCCUAAGUGUACGUGCAUUUCUUCCCUCUGACGCCUUCAUCUCUUCGGCCUUGAGGCCAGUCGUGAGAAAGGAGCCUGGUUUCAGUAUCGAUCAAGGCUUAGAUUUGGUGCCAGAACCCAGGCGGCCAAUGGGGGAAAGGCCUGGUUUGGCCCUUGGCCCAGUUCGUGUGGUUCGUGCUCUUCGUACUCCGUCUGACUGUUUGUCGUUCGUGGUUUAUCGUUCGUCUGUCUGCUUGCCUUCCUCCCUGCUUACUUCCUUGCUUGUCUCGGUUUUCAUUCAUUCUGUCACAGAUGAAGUGAAUUGGCGUCAAUGGCAUGAAGCAUAAAUAGGUCUUGGAUCCUGGUUCAUCACCUUGAGACCAAACCAGACCUUCAAGUCUGGUGUGAAGAUGAGUGAUCCUGAGGAUAUGAAGAUGGGCGCCUCCUACCCCCCGAGUCAGCGGUCGAACGCCAUGGGCGUAGUGGGGGGAGUGGGAGAUGCAAUCCUGAGUGCCAAUGAAGACGGUGGAAGCUUAGUUCGAAGGAGUGCCAGUGGCGUGUUCAGAUAUGCCCCGGAUCCCGGCUCUUGCUCGCAAGAGAAUUCAGACAACGGAUACGGCCACCAUGAGGAUGACUUUGACAACGUACCCAAUUAUCCCCAUGGACAUCGACAGGCGGACCUGAUGAGCCUGAACUUUAAUCACAAGUUAAUGGAAUCCAAUCCGGGCAUUUUUGCUGCCAUUGAGCCCAACUUCACCCUCGACCAAAUCCAAUGCCAAUUGAGUGAGCUCACGCGCAGUUUGGAGAACUGUCAGAGUGAGGUCUAUGAAGUGAAGCAAGACAUGAUGUGCAUCAAGCACGAAAUCGACUCGGUACAAUUCGUUAAGGAGGAACUGGAUGACAUUCGAGACUCUUUGGAUCGCAUGGAGAGCGAUAGCGAACGGCGGAAGUCUAAAUUAAUGGAACAGGGAUUGACCUUUGUCCUUGGAUUCAGCAUAUUUUCGGCGGUUUUGGGCAUGCUCCAAUUUGGUUACAACACGGGUGUGAUUAAUGCACCUGAAUCGGUGAUCGAAAAAUUCAUUCGAUUCGCCUAUCGUCAGCGAUACGACGGGGAGAAUAUGACUUAUGAAGCUUCGACUUUUCUGUAUGCCAUCGCUGUGGCCAUUUUUGCUUUGGGAGGGAUGAUGGGCGGAUUCAUGGGCGGAUGCAUUGCCAACAAAUUUGGCAGGAAAGGAGGUUUGUUAGUGAACAACUUCUUUGGCGUGGGUGGUGCCAUAGCCAUGGGAAUGGCCAAGUAUGCCGAAUCGUAUGAACUACUCAUAAUAGGUCGUUUCGUGAUUGGAAUGAACUGCGGACUGAAUACCUCCUUGGUACCCAUGUACAUCUCAGAGAUAUCCCCGCUGACCUUGAGAGGUGGCCUGGGCACCAUCAACCAGUUGGCCGUCACGGUGGGUUUGCUCAUUUCGCAGAUCUUGGGCAUCGAGUCGCUUUUAGGCACCAAUAGUGGGUGGCCGUUUCUUCUGGGCAUUGCCGUUUUCCCAUCGCUACUUCAAAUCUGCCUUUUGCCGUUUUGUCCGGAAUCUCCGCGAUAUUUGCUCAUCACUAAGCAAAAGGAAAAUCAAGCCCGAGAAGCACUUCGAAAAUUGCGCAAUUCGAAAGAUAUUGACGAUGACAUUGACGAGAUGAAAACCGAAGAACAAGCUCAGCGUGCGGAAGCCAAGAUCAACGUGUGCGAACUUCUUCGAUCACCUUCUUUGCGUCUUCCAUUGCUGAUUGCUGUAGUGAUGCAACUCUCUCAACAGUUAUCUGGGAUAAAUGCUGUCUUUUACUACUCCACCAAUCUGUUUAUUACAACGGGUUUAAGCGAAUCUAAUGCCAAAUUAGCCACCAUUGGUAUUGGCAGCGUUAUGGUUUUGAUGACCCUCGUGUCUAUCCCUUUAAUGGAUCGAAGCGGAAGAAGAACCUUACAUUUGUACGGAUUGGGUGGGAUGUUCAUCUUUUCGAUUUUUAUAACCAUAUCAUUUUUGGUCAAGGAGUUGGUAGCCUGGAUUUGGUGGCUCUCGGUCGUUUCCACCUUAUUCUAUGUGGUGUUCUUCGCUGUGGGUCCAGGAUCUAUCCCGUGGAUGAUCACUGCCGAAUUGUUUUCCCAAGGCCCACGACCAGCAGCUAUGUCGGUAGCCGUGUUGAUCAAUUGGUGCGCCAAUUUCUGUGUGGGAAUUGGAUUCCCCACCAUGCAGACUGCGUUGGAAAACUACACAUUCCUUCCGUUUAGCGUAUUUUUGGCCAUAUUUUGGAUUUUUACGUACAAGAAAGUCCCAGAGACAAAAAACAAGACAUUUGACGAAAUUGCCACCCUAUUUCGCGUUGGAGGCAACAAGCAAAGAGCGAUGAUGAAUUGCGUAUCAAAUAUGCCUCCUUUACCUGGAAAUGGAUGCGAGCACAAAAAGUCACCCAACGAAAAACCUGGCUUGUCAAGGGCCAACCUCUCAAGUCAGGAGUAUCCGCUUUUAGUCGAAAGUUAUCCUUCUUCUCCGGUGUCCAAAUCUGCCACCCCUUCGUCAGAGUACAGUGUUCAUUUGCGACAGUCUUCCAAUCCUGGCUCGCAAAAUGGCUCCGAGGAAGAUCUGGUCCAAGAUGAGUACGAGCCAUCCUUGCCUGAGUGCAAUGAUCCCAAUAAACAUAUAGUUUGAAGAGGAAUUAGUUAUCGAACCGCUCAAUUGGUCGAUACUUCCUUGCCCUUUCAUUUAAUGUCUGAGCUCAAAAUCUUAAGUGUCCAUGUACAACAAAACAUCAUAAGAAUUGACCUGGCAUGAGAAAAAACUCAAUAUUUGGUAAGAAAGUACUGAGUGAAUAUCAAUAAUCAUUAUGAAAAACCCAAUCUCUCGGUAAUAAAAGAAGAAGUAAUAUCUUGA